CGCGUACAAUAGCGCGAACUCUACACUAGAAAAGAGACGGCUUGUUUCCGUCAUUGACACGCAUCAUUACUUGACACGUGCUUUCGACUCGACUUGCGUGAGGCCUUUCCUAGUUGCGAACCAAUUUUACGGUUAACUAAUUACAAGAGAAGUGAAGUUUAUCAUGGCGAAAUUAGGAUAUGACGACUUGGCAAGUGACAGUGACAACGGAGAUGAUUGGGAGGAAAUUAGUGAGGAUCAACACGAGAGAAUUCCGUGUUUAUUUUGUACGGGAGUCAGUCCAAAUGAUGGAUUUCCUUCUAUACUGCAGCAUAUUGAAAUGUUUCAUAAGUUUAACUUCUGCGAUUUUAUAAGGAAACAUAUUCACGAUACUUAUUCAUAUAUCAAGUUAAUCAAUUUUAUUCGCUAUGAGGAGAUUACACCUGAAAAAUUGAGUACACUGAGUGUAGAAGCUUGGGACAAAGACACAAAUUUAUGUCCAGUUAUGAAGGACGACCCAUGGUUAAUGUACGAUGUUGAAGAUCUCAUCAAAAUCAAGGAUAUGAGUGAAGAAAAAGAAGCAACACACAUACACCAAACUAAUGAUAGUGUCACUUUAUCAAAAACACAAUAUGAGGAAAUGAAAAGAACUAUAAGAUCGCUUAAAUCUCAGCUGAAGGAAAGUGAGACAACAUGUUUCUUAGUCAAGCAGGAAAUGGAAGAGGUAAAAGAGAAAGCUCGGAAGUUAAUACUAGGCGAUGAUUUCGAUGGAAAAGAAAAAAGUACUUUGGUCAAUGCUCACAACCCCAAUGUUGACGAAGGCUAUUUCAGUACAUAUAGUCACUUUGCUAUACAUCAUGAAAUGUUAACAGAUAAAGUGCGAACAGAAAGCUAUCGCGAUGCAUUAUUAACAAAUUCUAACAGAUUUCAUAAUUGUGUAAUGCUGGAUGUUGGUUGUGGUACUGGUAUCCUGUCAAUGUUUGCAGCAAAGUCUGGUUGUCGUAAGGUUAUCAGUGUCGAUCAGUCUGAUGUGAUAUAUCACGCUAUGGAUAUAAUAAGGGAAAACAAUCUCAGUGACAUAAUUACUUUAAAAAAGGGUCGUCUAGAAGAUAUUAAUAUAGGAGUAGAUAAAGUGGAUGCAAUAAUAUCCGAGUGGAUGGGAUAUUUUCUCUUAUUUGAAGGAAUGCUAGAUACAGUAAUUUAUGCUAGGGAACAUUAUCUGACACCCGAUGGAGUAAUUCUUCCAAACAGAUGCACAAUUAGUAUUAUGGGAAGCGGUGACACAAAGAGAUAUAUCGAAUUGGUUGAUUAUUGGUCGAACGUGUAUGGUUUUAAAAUGAGCUGCAUGAAAAGAGAGGUGGUGCGUGAACCAAGUAUAGAGGUCUGUAAUGUCGAUAAUCUGAUAACGAACACCGCCGAGAUCCAAGCUUUCGACUUGUACAAAGUCACUACGGAUUGCGUUAAUUUCUCGUCCCCCUUCACGUUGAAUGUAAAAAAGACAGGAUCGUUAACCGCGAUAAUCGGCUAUUUUGAUAUUUUUUUCGAUUUCGAGAACCCGGUACAUUUCAGCACAGGUCCUCAUUCUACGCCGACACAUUGGAAACAGACAGUAUUUUCCUUAAGCGAGCCUAUUAGUAUAACUGAAGGUGAAGUUUUAACUGGCACAUUGAUUUGUCAAAGGCACCGUAAAGACAUCCGAGGUUUAACCAUUACUAUCCACAUAAAAAAUUUCACUCAGACAUAUUAUCUGGAUUAAAUAUUGAAUGCUUGUUUUUUCUUCCAAAAUAUACGCGCAAACAAAUAGCCGUAUGUGCCAAACUUGAGAAUAGGGGUCCAGAUAUCAAAUUCCGACAUUAGACGUUAUUACGCAAAAGAUGCGUAAUUCAAAUUUCUUUCUAUGCAGUUUAAAAAUUUUUAUCUAUAAUCUUCUAUCUGUAUAUUUCCCAUCUAUAAUCUCUGUUUAGAUGUUCAAACAGAGAAAGUAAUUUUCCAUUUAUGCAUUUUAAAAUCUCUAUUUUUUAUGCUGAAAGCAUAAACAUAUGCUGUUGCAUAUUUAUAUUCGCUGCAAGCAAGAUGUAGAAUGCGGCAGUUUUUCUUAAAUAAUUUGCGGAUGCGAGUUAAAAUAUACUUGAUCUAAUAGCUAUUUACAUUUGUGCCUUUUAAUGCUAGAAAUUCAUAUCUCUAUAAAUUAGUAUUAUAAUUAUAUGUAUAUACAUAUAUUCUCUCUUUCUCUCUUUCUCUUAUAAAUUCAAUUUUGAGCAUUUUUGCAUGGCUGAUAGAGUUUCAAUCUUAUAGUUGAAUAUUUAUUGUGUAAGAGCAUAUAUAAAACAAAAAAAAUCCGCAGAGCUUAUAAUAGUAUACAGACAACGAUAUAUAGUGUUCGCUCAAAUCCAAUUUUUACUAAAUCGUUCUAAAGAAUAUUUGAUGAUCUAAUGAAUUUCUUCAAAGUUCUCUUGCUGCUGCUAAUUUGUUCUUCGCAAUACAGUUUUAUUAAUAUCUCUUUGACGGAAUAAUAUUGGUAGAUAUAUUUCAAAUCGUCCGAUAAUAUUAUGCAAACUCUCCUGCCACACCUUCUUCUUGCAUGUGAUACGUAUGUACAAGGACCGAAUUAUCAAGCGUAUCCGAAUUAUCGAGAAUAAUAGAGACCAUGCUUGCUACACCGAAUUAAAAUUGCAAUCAAACAAUUAAUUAUAUGACUCUGUGAUAUGAAAAAAUUAGUUAUAGAGUGUUUAUCGAGAAUGCGAUUUAUCCUGAUGACAUUUUUCGCAGUUAUUUAUAUACGAGGAGGACCGUAUGUGUGUGUGUUGUGUGUGUAUGUAUGUAUGUGAAAAAUAAGGCCUACUUUGCCUCGUAUAUACGUAUACAUACAGCUAUUGCAUAAAUACAGAAUUUGUUGAAAUGGCGAAUUUUAUUCCGCAUAUAAUUAUUAAAUAAUUAUAUAAUCGAUGCUUUUUUGAAAUGUACGCAAAUUAAAAUAAAAACUUUAGGAUCUUAAAA